AUGGCGGCCCUGCUUGCGUACUUCACCCUGCAGCAGCGUCUAGUGGCUAUGCAUACUUGGUCGCACCCGCCUCCGCACUGGCGAUGCCCCUGGCAGGAUGCAGUGCACGGGAUCUCCGCCUGGCCGCGGGCGGAAGGGUACGCCCCGCUGCACCCCUCGGCUGCCCUCGAGCGCGGCGUGGGUCCUCGCCGCUGCCGCACUCAGGCAGAGUUGUUGCGCCACGCCGCCCAAACAACGUUGGCACCGCUGGGCGGCUUGUCGUUGCGGGCGCUGGGCUGGGCCGCUGGUGCGCAGCAGUGGAGAGUGCAGGUCGACGCGGUCGCGGUGGAGCGCUCCUGCGGCGCGCUCGGCAAGGCCGCGGCCGCGAUGAUGCAGGGGAUCCGCGGCCACUUUGAGGACACGCACCUGCUGGAUCAGUCUGUGUGCGCCUGCGGCGUCUUCGACGGGCAGAUGCGCCACCGCUGGGUCGAACGCAUCGGCGCUGCGGAUCCAGCUCGCGGGAACUCCCCGCUCCAUGAAUUUCUCAGCCAGGUGAAUCCCGACUUGCUCUCCGAAGGGUCCCUCCGUGAGUUGGCCAAGACGCGCGCCCGGGCUCUGCCUCGCCAUGGAGCGGCGGGGCGCGGCCGCGGCGGGGCCAUGGGGGGGCGCAUCGCUUCCGCCCUCCUCGCCGCCGGGCUGGCCUCCGCGGCCUGCGCGUGGCCCCUGCGGCGGGGCCUGUGCGACCGCAUGGAGGCCAACACGUGCGUGGUCACCAGCAACAGGACAGUGUCGAGGUCGCUUCUGCUGAGACACCGUGGCAACGUCGAGUUCCGCAAUGUACGUUGGCAGUGCGUGGUCUCGAAGGGUUCCCCCGAGUCGCUGCGCAUCGACAUUGCCGUCGACGGCACGAUCAGCGUGGUGAAGAGCUCCCUGCUGCACUGCGCCACGAUCGUCCUGGAGGCCAAGAAGAGCGUCCGCAUCUCGGACAGCUCGGAGGUGAGCGCGAACGGGACCUCCUUCUACGGCGAGCCCGCGCCGGAGAAGGACCCGCUGGCCCUCGGCUGGUCGGCCACCCGCCGGGGCGCCUCGCACGGCGGGCUCGGGGGCUCCGCCCAGGGCUGCGCCACCGACGACGCGCAGCUCCUGCGCAGGCUGCCGCUCGCUCACGGCGAGCCGCUGGCGCCGUGGUCCAUGGGCCGCGCCGGCGUGGCGGCCCUGCGCGGCGCGGGCGGGGGGCGCGUCCGCAUCGCCACGCAGGGCCCCUUCGUGCUGAACGGCACCGUCUCGACGGCGGGCGCCGGCCCCGAGGGCGCGGGGGGCGAGGAGCGUGACGACGUUGCCGCGGGCUCUGGGGGCUCCAUCUGGGUCACCUGUGAGUCGCUCGUGCAGCCGGGGGCCGUGGCCGUGGAGACCCGCGCCAGCCAAGGCAACAUCUCGGGCGACGUGGACUUCGUGGACCUCGGGCGCGACGCGGGCUCCGGCGAUGCCGCCGGCGGCGAUGUCCUGGCGCGCUCGGGGCGCAUCGUCGCCGCGGGGGGCAGCUGCGCAGGCUGCCUCUGCGGCGGCGGCGGCCGCGUGCUGGUCGAGGUCUUCGAGGGCCCAGCGCCGCGGCACGUGCUGGUGUCGGGGGGCUGCUGGAGGGCGGCCGCGACGGAGGUCGACAGCGUCGCCCCCGCGUCGGGCUGCGCGUGCGGCUCGGCGGGCCCCUGGGUGCUGAGGAGGCAGCCGCGGCCGAAGAAGUCCACCGGCGACUUCGGAUGGCUGGGCCUCCCGAGCGGCGUUCCGCGCGGCCUCCAGCACAGGAAGAUCCUGAAGAAGCCGGGCCAGGUUGAGGGCGCCACGAUCACCGUGUUCGUGGACAACUCGCACGCCGUGGACCUGGCGGGCUCGAAGCUGUCCCAGCCCACGCCGCUCGCGGCGGUCUUCGGCGCGCCGGUGGCGCUGCAGCUCCACGACGCGGUGGUGGUGCCGGCGGAGGAGAGGCCGGAGUGGGACCUGACCAGCCUGCGGCUGAUCUCGGACACCAUCGGGUCCGCGCUGCGGCACCUGGCCCCGUCCCCGCUGGUGCUCCGGUUCCCGCCCCAGAACGAUGGCAUCGAGCUGGCGCUGUCCUCCACCCUGCAGGCCAGCGAGCUCCAGAUCGCCGGCGCGAGGGAGGUCAUCCUGCGGCGGAGCGCCGCCAUCGACGCCGCCGUUGCGAGCAUCCGGGCCGAGGAGACCAUCGACACGCACCUGGGUACCCUGGGCCAGGAGGGCGGCGGCGCCAUCGGCCUCUGGGCGCGGCGCGUGGUGCUCGGCGGCGGGCGGCUGCGCAGGGCCCGAGUCUCGGCCGAGCUGGAGCUCACGGUGAAGCGCGGCAGCCGCCUACUCACCAGCCACCGCCGCUGCGACCAGCUGCCCGCCCCGCUGCACGACCCCUGCGAGGAGCAGCUGAGGUCCGGCCCCUGGCGGGCUGGGGAGGCCGCGCCCUCGUGGGGGAACCGGUCGGACGUCAAGAACGUGACGUUCGACAUCGUGCUCGUGGCCACGAACGGGUCCAUCGUCGUGGAGGGCGAGGCCGAGGUGCACGCAGCGGCCCUGCUGCUCUGCGCCGCGGGCAACCUGACCGUGAGCGGCCUGGUGAGCGCCCGCGGGCUGGGCUGCCCGCCGAACCGGGGGCAGUCCUCGGGCGCCGCGCCAGAGGUCGGCCACCACUCCGGGCCCAGCCUCAAGCACUCCUCCGCGAGGAGGGCGUGCGGCGGGGGCGGCGGCGCGCACUGCGGCGACGGUGGCCACGGCGCCCACAACAACACGCGCGCCGUCUGCUCCGGCACCGGGGGGCAGAAGUACGACGGCUGGUGGGCCCGCGACGCCGCUACUGACUCGGCCCUGCCGUCGCACCUCCCGACCUGGUCGGCCAGCGGCGGCGGCGGCGCGUCUGGCGGAGCGGGCGGGGGGAUCAUCUGGGCGCGCGCCGCCGUCCUCGAGCUGGCGUCGAACUCGACCAGCAUCUCCGCCGACGGGGAUGCGGCGGUGUCGCUGCAGGACGGCAGCUGGGAGGGCGCGGGCGGCGGGGCUGGCGGUAGCGUCAUCAUCAACGCGUCCGUCGUCGUCGGCGCCGGGCGGGUCGAGGCCAGGGGUGGCCGCGGCGGCGGGUGCAUCGGGGGCGGAGGCGGAGGCGGCGCGAUCGGGGGGGCCUGCCUGGACGCCUCCACGGCCUGGAGCGGGUUCCAGGGCGGCCUCUCCGUGGAGGGCGGCGGCCACGACGGCAGCCCGGCGUGCCUUCGGCAGUCGGGGAUCCGUGCGCAGCGGGGCGGCGAGGGUGAGCUGCUGCAGCUUGCCGCUUGCCGCCCGGGCCGAGAAGGCAUCUUCUGCGCGGAGUGCAACCCUGGGUUCUUCAACCCAGAGAAGGAGCCCAACAGCACCGAGGCCAGGUACAGGCUGUGCAGGCCGUGCGCGAACAAGCCAGUCCAUGCCGACUACACCUCGAAAGGCUGGCUCAACAAGUCGUGCCCCUACGUGUGCCCCGGAGGAUACCCCCCCGUGGAGGUCAACCCGCUCUGCGACGACCCGUGGACGUACUAUUUCGCCUUCUUCGGGGGGGUCCGUGGCGUGGCUCUCCGCACGCUCACGGCCGCCCUGCUCUUCGGGCUCUCUUUGUCCGCUGCGCAGGUCCAGAGGAGGAAGCGGCUGCAGUGGCUGCGCAAGCAGCAGCAGAGCGGCCACCUCGCCCACGGCGUGACGGACGAGAUGCUGCUGCUCUUUCAGUCGGUGAGCGGCCCGCACCCUCUCGCGGACAUAAACCGCGGAGGCCCGGGCCAGCCGUCGUACCGUGCCAGCCGCUCCAGCCUCGUGCGGCGGCUCUUCAAGCCCGCGUUCAUGUCGCGUUCCAGGGGCGCGGCCAGCCAGCCUCACUUGCUCAGCGUGGGCGACCUCCCGUACCACGUGGCGCGAAUCUACCUGCUGGGCGACAACACUCCCAGCGACCCGUGGCGCCUCUGCCAGAAGCCCCCGGAUGCCCUGAAGCACCUCAUCGACCCCUCUCGUUGGGAGGCCUUCGCGGCUCAGGUGACGCAGAUGUGCCGGAAGAGGAUGCGCAGCCAGCGCGCCGUCGAGGGCGUCCUCCGCUGGCUGUACCUCCCGCUGGCGGAGCACGUCCGCCACCGGCUGCGCGUGGCCCGCGCGGCGGGCGUGGCCUCGUACGUGUGGUCGCGAAGCGAGAACACGAGCCCGGGGGACACCUUCUGGCGGCUCACCUCGGGCAUCAACUCCAGCAGCCUGGGCCUCAAGUUCGGCACCGACCGGCGGAUCACGCUGGGGUUCGUCGACGUCCUCGACUACGGCAGGAACAAGCAGGACUGGCAGGUGAAGCCUCCCGUGCCGAUGGUCAUCGCUGCGGCGGGCGACGGCAAGUACACCGCUCCGUACCAGCUGGACUACCUGGACCCGCUCGUGCAGUCCGUCUCGCAGUACGUGGGGCGCCGAGUGUGGCACCAGGUGCUCCUGGCCUUCAACCUGCUCGCGCGCCUGCUGCCGUCCAGCCCCUCGGAGGAAGACGCCAAGCUGCUCCGCCGGUCGCUGGCGCGAGUCUCGGCCGAGGUGAUGCAGCAGACGGACCUCGAGUGCCACGCGGUGCUGUUCUGGGCGCCCGCCGAGGGCCCGCCCGCCGAGGGGGCGCCCCGCGGGGGCAGGGGCGGCGUGAGCCGGCAGAGCUCGGUGGAGGCGAUCCUGGGCGGCAGCUCCUUGGGCUCCUGGGCGCCCCCGGGCGACCCCGGGAGCUCCCCCCUGGGCAGCCAGACGCCGGUCACACAGCCCGAGUCGCCGCUCGACGCGCAGUGCCUUUGCCGCCCCGCCCUGGUCCUCUCGCAGCGGCCCGGCGCCGACCGCCCCGGCCUGCGGGGCCGCGCGCUGACCUCUACGAUGGCCCGCGGGGGGCCGCGGCUGCGCCGCUCCGUACGCCUGGACGCGGGCGGGCUGUGCUCGCGCGUGGAGGAGCCGCUGCUGCGCACCGCCGAGGAGUCCCCCAUGCUGGGCUUCUCGCAGGAGCCGGCCAACGCCUCCGAGCUUCUGUUCGGGCCGUUGGAGGGGCCCCCGCUUGGCGCAGAGGCAGGCUGGGACGGCCUGCAGCCGCUGUCCCUCCCGAAGGCCGAGAGCAGGGACAACCUGGAGCUAAACGCGGGCAGCAACCGGUGGCACGUCAUCGCUGGGGCGGCGCAGGCUGAGAGCAGGCACAUGCCCUACUUCAGCGAGGCCAGCGGUGUGUCCUCGCCCGUGCCGGACGAGGACCCCUUCGGCCCGCGUCGCUCGGACUCGCGCGAGCCGCUGCUCGGCCCGCGCGGCGGGCGGCGGCGCCGCCGGUGCUGCUCCUGGGCCGCGCUGCGCCGGGGCACGUGGGAGGACGCGGAGGCGGGGCUGCGUUGA